AUGAUGGGCAUCAGGUGUGGUAAGAAGUUGGGGUAUAUGUAUAAGUAUAGACCCGCCCGUCAUUCUGUGUCUACAUCACUGGAUACUAUUGUUGCUACAAUGGAUACUUCGCUUGCUUCAGAUGAUACUCUGACGGUAGGGCGCGCCCGUCGUGUAUCUCACCCGCCGGCGUACCUGCGAGCAUCGUAUCAGCUGACAUUGCCGCGCGGUCGGCUGUCUAACGGGAAAUGCGGGCCGACACUGCCUAAGCGUCUGAGCGUGACCAAGAAGGGAGACGAGGUGGUACAGCAUGAGCAAGUGGACACCGACGGCCAUGACGUGCGCAUCUCGAGCUGGGUUCUAGAGCAACUCAUCCGGGCUCAGGACAGGAGCGCCAAGGAGAACGCGCGGUUGGAGGCGAUGUUUUUGAAUGCAAUGGCGGAGCGUUCUGGUGGAUCUCGUAAGCGUAAGGCUCGGAAGCAGAGAGACCCGGAGCAGGGGUGCAUGAACCCGAAGCGUAAGCGUGGCGAGACAUGGAGCGGCGGGUCGGACGAUGACGGAGAGGACGACGAGGAAGAUACACAUGGUUCUGGUGGUCGUCAUAUGCGUACUGCAAAGUCUCCUAUUCUGCAACGCGCGUUGGCGCAUCUGCCGACAGACAAGGCGUGGAAGCGGGUGUGCGAACUAGCCAGAGUUCACUUGUUUCUCAACAGGCCCACGUCGUCGAUGACCUUCUACCCGAGCAGCGACGAUAAGACGCACGGAGUGUGCGCGGUACUGGACCGCCUGCCUCACAGCUUCGCCUGUUUGGCGUUGGCGGCUGACAAGUCGCGACGGGCGGAUCUCAACAAGACGCUGUCGGAGUGGAAGACAAGGGCUGCCGCUCGCGUGCGAGACAUUGCACUUCCGAAGCUCGGCCUGUUCCGGGACGACAGGGACGCAUCCAGCCCGUGGGCACCUGAAAAGGAGCGUAGUAUCGACAAGAUAAGGGAGCGCAUUGGGCUUGGCGCUGACCCCCCUGAAACUCUAGUGCUGACCAGCUGGGUGCACGACAGGGAUGGCAUGCCGUUUGCCUCCCGGGCGUUUGCGACAUGUGCGAAGGCUGCCUUCAAGCCGAAGAAGGCAGGGCUGGUGAUGACCCUUAAGGAGGCGCGGAAAGGCCGGCUCUCCAACUCGGCGGGCGGGAACGCCCACGUGGUGGAUGGGCUCAAGGUCCUGGUCAAGGAGGCCGUGGAGAGGGCGAUCCGUAUCCGCAACCCCGAGUAUGAAGCGGAGCGCGAAGCGUGGAUUUGGGGGCGCCAUGGCCUGCGCAUCUCUGCGUGCGGCCUGGAGCACAUGAAGCCCGCGGCCGCCACCGAGUUGCAAGGCAUCGUAGGGGAUGACGACCUUUCGGCGUCACUUGGUGAUGAGUAG